AUGUUUUAAAGAAUUGCAACAAAUUUGUUUAGACAGCCAAUCUUUUAGAAAUAAUUACAGAAAUUCUUUAUUGCGGCUCCAGUAUUGGGAGUGCUAACAAAUCACAAUCUAUUGAUUCAAAAUCUGUCCUAUUUGCAAAGUUAGUUUUAUCAUAUGGAAGAGAGUAAUGAUGAAUUAGAGUUGUUGAGGAAAUUCCAGUCAGCAUAAUGCAAUGAGACGUCCCUUAUGAAUUCUUAAACAUUGUGAUAUUAUAAAAUACCAAAAGUAUAAUAAUAAUUAUUUUGUCUU